CGGACGCGUUCUGCUCUGUGACCGACCAAUCGGGGGAUGAGAAACCGCCGCCGACGUCCUCCAAUUUGAAACGCGACGCCUUCAGGAUACGGCGCAGUCGCGUAAUCCACUUUUGUGUCGGGUGGGCCGGCGGCACGAGCCGAAAAAAAACCCCAACCAAAUCGUCCACGCGCCAGAACAAAUGUCGCAUCCGUUUAGAAAUCAGGAUUUGCGAUAAGGUCGAGUUCGGCAAAAUGGCCGCGUACGUCCGCCACUAAGCAGCCUAACAGAUUAGUAGCGUCGCGUGCGUGCGCGUCACAUUGUGUCUUGGGCCGCCAUCUCGAGGUCAAAGCGGGUUCGGGUUUUUGUUUUGAAGCCACAAUAACGGCAAAGACGCGCAAUUGUUGCGACACUUUCACAAGUUCACGCAAGUUUGUUCAUCUCUGAGGCGUACCAGUAAACAAAAUGGCUGCCUCGACACAGGUCCCUCUGGUGUAUUGCGACAACAUCACGAGAGUAGUCUCAAGCGACGUUGUCGCGUGUGUGGUUUUUCAUGGGAAAGUUGAGAACAUUUGUGACAGAUUUUGUUGAGAGUGAGUCAUGUCAUGGCUGCCAAUCAAAUGCGAAUUUUUGGGUUCCGUCUUGAGGGUUCUGAUCCAAUUGGAUGCGAAUCGUCUCGACUCCGUAGUAAGAAGUCAAAAGUCGGGCUCGCGCCUCUCGCUCUUCUUUUUUUUUUUUUUUCUCGGGCUCACGCCGCGCGGGGCCGGGCCGCCGCUGGCCCUUUAAGAGGACCCGAAAGCCGAUUAGCGCUCAUCCCGACUUGGGUUUGGCUCUCUUCUCCUCUCCUACCCCCCCCCCCCCCCCGCCCGGAGCAUUUUGGUUCGGCUCGGCACUUCCGGACGCGGCCGGGUCGGUCGGUCCCCAUGCAGAAGGGGGUGCGCUACAACGAGGGCCACGCGCUGCACCUGGCGCUGCUGGCCCGCAAGGAGGGCGCCAGGCGCGGCGUGCUGAGCAAGCGCAGUUCGGAGAACGCCCGCUGGAGCGACAAGUUCUUCGCGCUGCACCACAACCUCCUCUUCUACUUCGACGGCGAGCACAGCGCGCGCCCGUCGGGCAUGUACCUGCUGGAGGGUUGCAGGUGCGAGCGCGCCCCCGCGCCCAAAGCCUCCUCGCUCAGCGCGAGCGCGAGCGGAGGCGGAAGCGGAAGGGACGCCCCCGAUAAGAUGCAGCACUACUUCCUGGUGAUGUUCGGCCACGACGGUCAGAAGCCUUUGGAGCUUCGGACGGAGGACGAGGCCGACCGCGACGAGUGGGUGGACUGCAUACGGCAGGCCAGCUACUCGGACCUGAUGGUGGAGCGCGAGAUCCUGAUGCAGAAGUACAUCCACCUGGUCCAGAUCUUGGAGACGGAGAAGGUCGCGGCCAAUCAGCUCCGCGCGCAGCUGGAGGACCAGCAAACGGAGAUCGAGAGGCUGAAGGCCGAGGUGGUCCUGCUCAACAGGAGCAAAGAGCGCGGGCGGCUCAGCCAGAACCCCCUGGACGACGAGGACCCCGACAUCAAGAAGAUCAAGAAGGUGCAGAGCUUCAUGCGCGGCUGGCUGUGCCGGAGGAAGUGGAAGCUGAUCGUUCAAGACUACAUCUGCUCGCCGCACGCCGAGAGCAUGCGCAAGCGCAACCACAUCGUCUUCAACAUGGUGGAGGCCGAGAGCGAGUACGUCGGCCAGCUGUCCGUCCUGGUCAACUGCUUCCUGCGUCCGCUGCGCAUGGCCGCCAGCUCCAAGAAGCCGCCCGUCAGCCACCACGACGUCAGCAGCAUCUUCCUCAACAGCGAGACCAUCAUGUUCCUGCACCAGAUCUUCCACCAGGGCCUCAACGCUCGCAUGGCCAACUGGCCCACGCUGGUCCUCGCCGACCUGUUCGACAUCCUCCUCCCCAUGCUGAACAUCUACCAGGAGUUUGUGCGCAACCACCAGUACAGCCUUCAGGUUCUGGCCAACUGCAAGCAGAACCGCGACUUCGACAAGCUGCUCAAGCAGUACGAGGCCAACGCCGCCUGCGAGGGCCGCAUGCUCGAGACCUUCCUCACCUACCCCAUGUUCCAGAUUCCUCGUUACAUCAUCACGCUUCACGAGUUGCUGGCGCACACGCCGCACGAGCACGUGGAGAGGAACAGUUUGCGCUUUGCCAAGUCCAAGCUGGAAGAACUCUCAAAGAUGAUGCACGACGAGGUGAGCGACACGGAGAACAUCCGCAAGAACUUGGCCAUCGAGAGGAUGAUCGUGGAGGGCUGCGACGUUCUGCUGGACACCAGCCAGACCUUCGUCAGACAAGGUUCGCUCGUCCAGCUGCCCUCGAGCGGCGAGCGCGGGAUGCUGAGCAAGGUGCGCCUCGGCGCGCUGUCUCUGCGCAAGGAAGGCGAGCGCCAGUGCUUCCUGUUUACUAAGCACUUCCUCAUCUGCACCAGGACAUCUGGCGGCAAGCUGCACCUGCUCAAGCAAGGAGGCGCCCUGUCGCUCAUGGAGUGCACGCUCGUCGAGGAACUGGACCCCAGCGACGAGGACUACAACGCGGCGGGGCAAGGCUUCAGCCACCUGGAGUUCAAAAUGGUGGUGGAGCCCCCCGACGGGCAGACGUUUUCCGUGGUCCUGCUCGCUCCCUCGCGCCAGGAGAAGGCGGCCUGGACGAGCGACAUCAGUCAGUGCGUGGACAACAUCCGCUGCAACGGGCUGAUGACCAGCGUCUUCGAGGAGAACUCCAAAGUGUCCGUGCCCAACAUGAUCAAGUCGGACGCCCGCCUGCACAAAGACGACGUGGACAUCUGCUUCAGCAAGACGCUCAACUCGUGCAAAGUCCCUCAGAUCCGCUACGCCAGCGUGGACCGGCUCCUGGAGCGCCUGACCGACCUCCGCUUCCUCUCCAUCGACUUCCUCAACACCUUCCUGCACACGUACAGAAUUUUCACCACGGCCGCCGUCGUCAUCAACAAGCUGGCGCACAUCUACAGGCAGCCCUUCACCUCCAUACCCGUCAGGAUCGAGCAGCACUCGUGCGACCGUCUGUCCAUCAUGUCUCUGUGUCCCGACUACACUCUGAAGAUCACUCAGCUGGCUUUGGAUCAGUCCAAGUCCCUGGAGCUGUUCUUCGCCGCCAACCAGGGCUCGUGGGGCACGGACCCCCUGAACAACAAAUCUCCACGUCUGUGUCGCAAGUUCUCGUCGCCGCCGCCGUUGUCCCUCCCGUCUCGCACGUCAUCGCCCGUCCACAGCCGCAAGUUGUCCCUCAGCUCGCCCGUGGGGCUCAAAGUCCUGGACCUGGGCUCCACGCCUUCGUCCUCCGCCGCCAGCUCCCCCACCUCCACGCACGGUCCCGGCCUCUUCGCCUCGUCCUCGCCGCCGCCCCACGCCGCCGCCCCGUCCAGGACCCUCUUCGGCUUCUCGUCCUCGCCGCCGCCCACCGUCACCAAGGCCCCCCCGGAUCUCAGUCACGGUCCCAGCUCGCCCGAACUCAGCCCGGCCGGCGAGGACGUCGGCGAACUGCCUCGCAUCGACGCCUUCUGCGGAAAACUGCGAAGAAGCAUCCGCAGAGCCGUCCUGGAGUCCGUGUCUCUGGACAAAUUUAUCCCGGACUCUCCCACCGGCAGCGGCAACGAGUCCGGGGACGUGUCGCCGUGCCGCUCGCCGUCCACGCCGCGACACCUGCGUUACCGCCCGACGGGAGCGUCUUCGGCGGAGAACGCGCGCUGCGCCGUGUCGCCCGCGUCGGCCUUCGCCAUCGCCACCGCCGCCGCCGGACACGGCGGCUCCCAGGCCUCGGGAAGCUCUGAGAAAUCGUGCGACAAGGAGUUCAUCAUCCGCAGAGCCGCCACCAACCGGGUUCUCAACGUGCUGCGCCAUUGGGUGUCCAAACAUUCGCAGGAUUUCGAGAGCAACGGCGAGCUGAAGUCGGGCGUCCUCGGCCUCCUGGACGAAGUCCUUCGGGAUCCGGACCUUCUGCCGCAGGAGAGGAAAGCCACCAGCAACAUCCUCAGCGCUCUUUGCCAGGAAGAACCGGACGACACUCAGCUCAAGAUUGAGGACGUCCUACAAAUGAAAAGUUGUCCACUUCUGCACUUCAUUGCGGCGGAAAGUCCAAAAGCCGAGUGCUUGGAGUCCUUGUCUGCCAUGGAGCUGGCCGAGCAGAUCACUUUGCUGGACCACAUCGUCUUCAGGAGCAUCCCCUACGAGGAGUUCCUGGGUCAAGGCUGGAUGAAGGUGGACAAGACGGAGAAGACUCCUUACAUCAUGAAAACGAGCCAGCACUUCAACAACAUGAGCAACCUGGUGGCGUCGCAGAUCCUGACGCAGGCCGACGGGGGCGCCCGGGCGGGGGCCAUCGAGAAGUGGCUGGCGGUGGCCGACAUCUGCCGCUGCCUCAACAACUUCAACGGCGUCCUGGAGAUCACGUCGGCGCUCAACCGCAGCGCCGUCUACCGUCUCAAGAAGACCUGGGCCAAAGUCUGCAAGCAGACGAAGGCUCUGAUGGAUCGUCUGCAGAGGGCCGUGUCGUCGGAGGGACGCUUCAAGAACCUCAGGGAGACGCUGAAAAACUGCAACCCGCCGUGCGUUCCCUACCUGGGCAUGUACCUGACCGACCUGGCCUUCAUCGAGGAGGGGUCGCCCAACUUCACCGAGGGGGGGCUGGUCAACUUCUCCAAGAUGAGGAUGAUUUGUCACAUCAUCCGAGAGAUCCGGCAGUUCCAGCAAGCUCCUUACAGGAUCGAGCACCAGGCCAAGGUGACUCACUUCCUGCUGGACAAGACGCAGGUGAUGGACGAAGACGCGCUGUACGAGCUCUCGCUGAAGUUUGAGCCGCGCGUUGCGCCGGGCUAAGCUAACGCUAAGCGGCUUCUGCUAGGCUGUUAGCGCGACCGGU